AUGUGGCAGUUAUUUAUAUUGGCCAUUGCUCCAUGUUUUUCGUAUCCUCCAUUUCAUAAUUCAAUAUCACAGUGUAAACCGAGUAGUGAUCCAAAUUCUGAUUGCAUUGGAGCAUAUUUCGUUAACAGUGAUGGAAAAACACAGUCUUGUGUCAAGCAUAAGGACUGUUACAAUUAUCGAGAACCAAUACUUUGGUGUCGGCCUGAUCCGGGACAGAAAUGGAUGAAAGAUGGUUGUCAUUGUGAUCUGAAACUUCAAUCAUGCAUAAUUAAUCGUCAAUCAUACGGUCGUAUGGAAUACACACAUUGUCGUUCAGCUCUAGAUUGGUAUUGUCCUUAA